AUGCUUACUGGAAAGUUACCAAAUGUAAUUGGAAUUUUAGGGAAAUUAGAAUUUCUUUCUCUUUCAAAAAAUCAAUUUGAGGGACAAGUAUCUGAAUUAUUCAAAGGUAGGAGUAAUUUCUUUUCAAGGGGAUUGGGAAAUACUUCUUCUUUGAUGGAAUUGAGACUAGAUGGUAAUAAACUCACUGGAACUCUUCCAAAAAGUCUUGGCCAACUCUCAAUGCUAGAAUACUUUUCCAUCUCUAACAAUAGGUUGGAAGGUGUUGUAACAGAAAGUCAUUUCUCUAAAUUAACACAAUUACAACUCUUCUCUGCAUCUAGAAAUAAUCUGACUUUAAAAGUGAAUCGGAAUUGGAUUCCACCGUUUCAAGUCACAAACAUUGCAAUAGGCGGGUGGAAUAUAGGCCCUUUGUUUCCAAUGUGGCUCCGAACUCAGGAGAUGAUAAUGAAUGUUGACAUAUCAGAUGGUGGAAUACAAGGUUCCAACAAUUUUAGUGGAUCACUACCACGUAUUUCAACGAGUAUAACUGAGUUAGAUCUCUCGAAGAAUUUGUUUUCAAAAGGUUUAUCCAACUUCUUGUGUGAAGCAAAGAAUGUAUCUUACAAUUUGGAGAUCUUAAACCUCGGCAGAAAUAAUUUAUCAGAAGAAAUUCCUAAUUGUUGGAUGAAUUGGUCAAAGUUGAAAGUUUUAAUCUUGAGGGAGAAUAGUUUGAUUGGAGGCAUACCAAGAUCCAUGGAGGUUUUGAAUAGUUUGCUAUCCUUGGACUUACAAAGAAAUAGACUUAACGGUCCGUUUCCUUCAUCCUUGAAAAAUUGUACGAAACUGCAUAAAAUAGAUUUAGCCGAGAAUGAGUUUGUUGGGGGACUACCAUCUUGGUUGGGAAUGAGGUUUUCAACCUUGAUAGUAUUUAUCCUUCGGUCCAAUAAAUUCAAUGGUGAAUUGCCUCAAGAACUUUGUCAACUCAAAGAUCUUCAGAUUUUAGACCUUGCAAACAAUACAUUUGUUGGAAUCAUACCAAGGUGUAUUGGCAAUUUCAGUGCAAUGGUCAAAGGAAAAAAGGAAGUGGGAGAUGAUGAUGAGUUAAAUUAUUCCUAUUUUUUUGGAGUUUUGAGAGAGAGUGCCAUGGUGACGAAUAAAGGCAACAGGUACCAGUAUGACACCAUUUUGGCGUUGUUUACAAGUAUGGACAUGUCUAGCAAUAAUCUUUCUGGGGAUAUUCCUAUAAGUUUAACACGUCUUGCAGGAUUAAGAUCAUUUAAUUUUUCUAAAAAUAACCUAACUGGUAGGAUUCCAAAUGACAUUGGUGACAUGAAAGUCUUGGAAUCUGUUGAUCUUUCAGAAAAUCAACUUUACGGUCAAAUCCCACAAAGUUUUUCGAGUUUGUCUACAUUGAGCUACUUGAAUCUAUCUGAUAACAAUUUAUCAGGUAUGAUACCAUGGAGCACUCAACUUCAAAGUUUUGAUCCCACGAGUUUUCAAGGAAACAAACUCUGCGGACUUCCACUCUUGGUGAACUGCAGUUUGGAUGGUAAUAUUCCAAAUCACAAGCAUGAAGAUGAUGAGAGUGACAAAGAUGAAGUGGAUUGGUUUUACAUUUCAAUGGCUAUAGGAUUUGCACUGAGCUUUUGGGGUGUUUGUGGUUCAUUGCUUUUCAAGAGAUCAUGGAGACAUGCUUAUUUUCGUUUUCUAGACCGUAGCUGGGAAAUGUUGCUUGCAAAGUUACCAAGUGUAUGGGUUGGAUUGGAAGAUGAUAAAUCACCUCCCUCGAAAGGGCUAUGUUCAAAAAUUGGAGUACCAAAACACUGCAGGAAAAUAGGGCUUUACAUAGUUGAUUGCAGGGCACUUGAGAGAAUCAAUGUUGUCCCUAAAAUUGUGAUACAAGACAAGGAGCAACACAUUGUUGAGGCUACUACGGCAGAAGAGAAACAACCAAAUCCAAAGGAAUUGGAUACCAAUGUGGAAAUGGCUGAAAAAGAAGACAAUUCUUGUAAUACGGCGGGGCAAAACUCACAAAAGGGUAGAAAACACCAAUGA